AUGUCGUGGCUCCGUGGCCGGCUAGCGCCCUCACCUGCGAUCCCCGGCAACUGCCAUCUCGUGUCGCUGCGCCGCACGUGGCCGGCGCACCGACGCGCGGCGCUCGCGCCGGGCAGGCGGGACAGGCGCGCACACGGGCAGCGGGCUGUGGCGCCGCGGUCAGAGGGGCGCGCGUACGAGGGAGGGGUACGCGUGGAGGUGCCAGACAGCGAUGCCGUCAGCCGAAGCGGCAACAGCUCCGACUCCGAUGCCGGCGCCGCGAGGGCGGCCAACGGCAGCAGCCCAGCCGCCCACAGCACGAGCAGCAACGGGGGUGGCGCAGCCCGCGGAGACCGCAGCAACGGCAGCGGCGGGGGCGGCGGGGGCGGCAACGCAGCGCGGCGCAAGCCUCGCCAGCCGGCUGUGGGACUGCUGCGGCCGCAGUCGCAGCUGCAGCAGCAGCAGCAGCAGUCCCCCGGUGUCGGUGGCGGCAGCGGCGACCCUCGUGAGGGUGCGAGCAGCGGCACCUUUGGCAUAUCGCUGCAGGAUCUCCAACGCCUUCUCAGCGCCGCCGCCGACGGCCGCCGCUCCGCGUUCCCGCCGCUCCCCCCUCCGCUGCUCGGCGCCUGCGCGCCGCCCUCGGUCGCGCCCGCCGACGCGGCCGCGGCGCGUGCGGCGGCGCUUGCGACCGCGCUGCGCAGCUCCCCGCGCCGCGGCCUGCAAGAGGCAGACCCAGCAGACCAUGCCGCCCGCGCGGCCGCAUUUGGCACCAACAGGCUGCCUGAUGCCGCGACCAGCAGCCUGUGGCAGCUGCUGCUCGAGGCCGCAUCUGAUGCAACAAUGCUCAUGCUGAUGGCGGCCGGGGCGCUGAGCCUGGGCCUGAGCGCGAUGACUCAUGCAGAGGCUGCUGACUACAUUGAUGGCGCCGCGAUCCUGGCGUCUGUCGUGAUCUGCGUGGGCUUUGCCGCCGGCACCAACUACUCAAAAGAGUCAAAGUUCAGGCGGCUCAACGCGGCAAAGGACGACGUCGCGCGGGCCAAGUCGCCCCCGCCGGCCCUUGGCAACGCCGCCCAGCAGCACCCCGCCCUUGGGCCCCUGCACACCGACGCGCCGCCACCACCUCCGCCCCCGCCCCGGGCGCGCAACCAGGUUCGCGUCGUGCGCGGCGAGCGGGAGGCCCAGAUCUCUGUUUUCGACCUGCUGGUUGGAGACAUCCUGCUGGUGGAGGCUGGGGACAUCCUGCCGGCAGACGGCCUGCUGCUGCCCGGCAGCGGCGAGCUCAAGGUUGAUGAGAGCCAGCUGACCGGGGAGAGCGAUGACGUCAUCAAGGACCCAGUCACUGCCCCCGUCUGCUUCAGCGGCUCAAAGCUGGGCAUGGCCGCUGCGGCCGGCACGCUGCUGUUCAACUGCGCGGCCCACACCGCCGACCUCGCCGCCGCGGGCCGCCUCGCGGCGCCGUGGCUGCUCGCGGGGGACGACCUGCAGCGCUACCUCGAUUUCGUCAUAACCUCGAUCACGCUGCUGGUGGUCGCGGUGCCCGAGGGCCUGCCGCUGGCGGUAACGCUGGCGCUGGCGUUCAGCGUUCAGCGGAUGCUGCAGGACAACAAUUUGGUGCGGCACCUGGACGCGUGCGAGACCAUGGCGGGGUGCACCACGAUUUGCAGCGACAAGACGGGCACCCUGACGGCCAACGACAUGAGGGUGACUCAUCUCAUGGUGGACCGCGCAAUGUUCAGAGUCCGCCGCUCGGCUACCGCCGCCACCAACACAGCCCCUAGCGCCGGCGCUCCCGGCGCCAGGAGCGGCGCGCGCGCGGCGACCGCACCCGUUGCGGCCGCCGCCGCUGCGUCGGAUGAGCAGGGGCCGGGCGGCGGGGCGUUGGGGGCGGCGGAGGCAGGGGAGAGUGGCGACAGCCUGUCUUGGUUGGUGCCAGAGGUUGCGAUGGAGCCGUGCUCCUCGAUUGAUAAUGGCGCUGCUUUCAACGGUGGAAAAAGCAGCAGUAGCAACGGCAGGAGCAGCGGCAGCAGCAGCAGCAGCAGCAGCAGCAGUGUCAGCCCUCGCGCCAGCGUCAGCGCCGCCGCCAGCGUCGACGCCGCGCCCGCCGCUGCCACCCUUGCUGCCCCUAACGCGGGCGCGGGCGCGGCCGCCGCGCGGCCCGGCGGCGCAACCCGCAGCAGCGGCAGCGGCAGCAGCAGCAGCAGCAGCAGCAGCAGCAGCAGCAGCAGCAGCAGCAGCAGCAGCGGCGACGCGCUGUCCACGAUGGGCGUGGACCGCGCCACCUGCGUAAGCCUCUCCCUGGACGGCUGCGACGAGCCGCUCCUGCGGCAGCUGCUCGCCGACCGCAGCGGCAGCUUCCCGCCGGGCGCCGACGCGGCGCGCGGCACCUCUCGCGGCGGCGGCGGCGCCGCAGCCAGCGGCGGAAGCUUCCACGGGCUGUCGCCGCGCGUGCGGGACCUCUUGGUGGCAAACAUAACGCUCAACAGCACGGCGAGCAUCCGUUUUGAUGCAGAGAGCCGCACCAUGGACAGGAGCGGCAACAGGACAGAGUGCGCGCUGCUGGAGUUCGCGUGCCGCCUCAGGGGGCGCCGCGAGGCGCUCUCGGCCGCGCUGGGCAGCCGCGCGAGGGUCGUGCGGGCGCUGCCCUUCACGAGUGCGCGCAAGCUCAUGGCGGUUGUUGUCGCAGACGCUAACGAGGACGCUGAUGGGGACGGAGGCGGCAGGGCUGGAGGCGGCGGCGGCGCGGGGCGCGGCGCGACGGCGUUCGUGAAGGGGGCGGGCGAGAUACUGCUCGACCGCUGCAGCCACCGCCUCGCCGCGGACGGCUCAGAGGCCCCCCUCGGCCCGGAGGAGCGCGCCGCCCUGCGCGCCCAGUGCGGCAAGGGCGGCCUCCGCGUCCUCGCGCUCGCACACAAGCGCCUGCAGCUCGACCCGACGCCCGGCGACGGCGACGGCGGCACCGCCGGCCACUCCUCCGCGCCGCCGCCGACCAACGGCCACCGCCACCGCCGGCCGCGGCGGGAGCGCGAUGUCGGGGCCGCGGUUGGAUCCGCUGGGGUGCUGGAUGAGUCUUCGGUCGAGUCGGGGCUCGUUUUGACGGGGUUGGUCGGGAUCGAGGACCCGCUCCGGCCCGAGGUCCCGAAUGCGAUCCGCGACUGCCAGAGGGCCGGAAUUCUUGUGAGGAUGAUCACCGGCGACAAUGCGCGCACCGCGGCGGCGAUCGCGCGCGCGUGCGGCGUGCUGCCGCGCGGCUGGUCCGAGGAUUGCGCCAGUAGCGGCGGCGGCGGUGGCGAGGGGGACACGGACGCGGAGGGCGGUGCCGCGCAGCCGCUGCAGGAGCGGGCGGAGGCGGCGGCGGCCGGCGCGGUCGCCGCGGCUCGCGACGCCGGGCGGCGGGCGGCCGCCCUUCAAGGCACGGGCGGCAGCAGCAAUGGCAGCAGCGGCGCAUCCGGCAGCGGCGGCUCCUGGGUGUCCGGGCUGCUGCUCGGCUCCACUCCGGCGCCCGCGCCGCCACUCGUCCUCGCCUCUGCCCCGCCCGGUGGCGCCGGCUCCGCCUCCUUUGACCCGUUUGACCCGCGGUUUGACCCGCGGCUGGCCGUCCUGGAGGGCCCCACCCUGCGGCGGUUGGUGCAGCGGCCCGACGGCUCGGUGGACCUCGAUGCUUUUGCGGCGCUGUGGCCGCACGUGCGCGUGCUCGCGCGCUGCAGCCCGGGGGACAAGCACAUGCUGGUCGAGGCGGUGAAGGCUCUGAGGGCGCAGGGGCGGCUGGACGAGGUCGUCGCGAUGACAGGCGACGGCACCAACGACGCGCCCGCGCUGGCGGCGGCGGACGUAGGGUUUGCGAUGGCCGCGGGCACGUGCAUCGCGCGCGACGCGUCGGACAUACUGCUGCUGGACAACAACUUCAGGUCCAUCGUGAGCGCCGUCAAGUGGGGCCGCAAUGUGUACGCGUCAGUCACCAAGUUCCUGCAGUUCCAGCUCACAGCCAAUGUGGUGGCGGUGUCCGUCGCUGCGGGCGGCGCGGUGCUGCUGCGGUCGUCCCCGCUCAGCGCGGUGCAGAUGCUCUGUUCGCCGGGGGCUCAUUUCGAGGUCAUCUGUUUUUGCUGGAGCACCGGCUGA